UCCUUCCUAAUUUGAAAUGUCUUCUGCUUCAGUCUUCUCUGACAGCUUUCUACUAAAAUCAACACUGACUUCCACAUAAACUCAAGUCUUUUCUUAAUGCUUCUUUUCUCUGGAGGUAUUUAAAGCAGAACGCUUUUGGGGAAGGGUUGGGGAGAGAGACAUUAACUUUUUCUUGUUAUUCUCAUUUCUCAAAGCUACUUAUAAUUGGGAGUUUUCUGCAUAUGUGUUUGUAGGUAGAAAAGCAGUAGUUUUUCUAAAAUUUAAUUUUGUUGCCUUUCAUAGGUAAUUGACAUUUGUCCUGCACUGCAGUAGCUGGGGUGAAGGCUAAGCUGCUGUAGCAAAGAGAUGUUCACAUGCAGUGGCCUAAACGCUGGAACGUUACCUCUCAGUCAACAGUCUGGCCAGUCUGAGCUGGUAAGGCAGUUGUGCACCUUGAUGUCAUUCAGGGUCCCAGGUUCAGCCAUCCCCUAGGCUGCUGUACUGCUUCAGUGGUCUAUACCGGGUCACGGCUACAUCUGCGUUUCAACCUGCUGGAAGAGGAAAGAACCAGAGUCCUUGGAUGAGGAAGCCAAGAAACACACUGAGUCAAUGCCUAAAAAUCACAGACUAAUUAUGGACAGGAAUGACUAAAAUCAGGCUCCCAGACCACUAGUCCUGUCCGAUACAUUAACGUGACCUCCGUCUAUCAUGGUAUGUGAAGUAUUUCUUAGAAGCUGUACCCACACUCCUAAGUUUAACUUUACAAUAUUGCUCGAUUUCAUUACCUGUAAUAACUUCUUAUUCAGGCUAUUUUCAGUGAUCGGGGGAAUUAAUUUGUGCUCUGAGAUGCAGCCCUAAAUGCACAUGAGCAGGUGCACAGGCGACAUACACCCUCAGCCUUCCUAUUCACUCUGAGUAGGAAGGAACUGUGGAAAUAUAAUUCCUGCGUCCAGAUCACUGCUGCACACACACUCUCAAACAUUCUGGUGUGGUUGUCUGAUUCUAAAAAUAGUGUUUGUACCCAGACAGGUGACCUGAAAAACACAUGGCCUCCGUUUCACAGGACGUCAUAGCUGUGGACUCUUAAAUAACUCCUGGCAUCAAAGUUAAAAAUAAUCGCUUUGCCCUGAUAGCCUUCACUCACUUGCAGGAAUGUUUUUACUUACCUGUUGGCUCUUGCUCUGUUCACGAGACACUCACGUGGAAUGUGCCUACUUACAUUUUUCAACCCCCUUAUUUAUGGGCGUUCCAACCUCACUGCUGUAUGAUCAGAGGCUGUGAAGCUACAGCUGUCAGGAUUAGUUCUCUGUGAGGACUCGCUGCCAGUGUGUACAGUAGUAAACUGCGUGCUUUGGUGCUCGCCUUUCAGGCACCAUCAGAGGUCUCAUCAGCAAAGCAAAAGUGGUGGAUGAUACUUUUUAACCGUCUAGAAACUCAGCUAACUCAUAUAUAUAGGUAUGUCCAGACUUAACAUUUAAUAAAUGUUGACCUUCAGGUAGGCACGUGUCAUAAAGACUGCUUUCUUUAAUGGAAGAGAAACUAAAUUGGGAACAAAGUGGGUGACCACUUGGGCUACUGUUUAGCCAUGUAACCUUUGAUUUUUCUCGUUUGUAAACUGUAGGGAAAACAGUUUGUCUCCUAAUUUACUGAGCAUAUUGUAAAGAAAAACGUGUUGAUUAUGAAAUGUGUUUUGGGAGCCUUAGAAGAAAGGAAUGAAUAUAAGUUCAUGGUAGUACAGUGAUUAUUAAAUGAUUCAAAACCUGAUACCUAGAACAUCAAAUUGUUGUUUUCCAAAGUUGGAAUUACAGCUUAUUUAAGCUUAUUCACAUGAUAUGCUCUGCUUGAGAGGCAUAAAAUACUUGAAUUUCUUUAAUUUUAAAUGUGUUUGCUGAGAUUGUAUGGAUUUCUUUUUAAAGAAGAAGCUACUUAAAAAAACCAUCUGGUGGUUGGGCUCUUUGCCCCUGGGUACAUGCUGAUGACCACGGAUGAGAGCGACUCUGCAUCUAUUACUAUGUGGGAAGCUUUGUUUUAGAUUAAUGCUAUGGUUUUCACUACACUGAAUGAAACCCAUUCUCUCCCAAUGUUUCAAUCACCUCUUAAGUUUUAGGAUCGCUCUCCGACUAGUCAGUAUAAAGAUGAUGCCUUGCUUCAUGAUAGCUGAGGUGGUCUCUGGUGAAGAACAUGUUUUCUUUUUCCAGGAGCUUCUAAAAUUUCUGACCCUGAAUUUUGGUUGUACUAGAUAGAUUGCAUUUCAGUGCACUCUUUUUAAAAUCAUGAUUUAUUAAUAAGAUAUUUUAAUAUAAUUUUCUCUGCUGUAUCUGAUGUUAAACUUUAUUAGGUAAAUAUGAAAGCACUUAACACACAUUUUGAAUUAAUUAUUACCAUUUGAUAUUUUAAUGUAUUAUUUGCCUAGUUUUCAAGAAAUGAUCAAGAAAGCAUCAAUAUAUAGCCAUCCCUUAGUUCAUCGCUUAAUGGAUCUCAAAGCUCAAAAAGGUUGCCUACUCUUGCCAGCGGCGGCUCUCCGGCUGUUAGCACAAGUAGCAGUGUGUUAUAAAGAACACUCCUCAGGGUCUGCAGCCUUGGAACAGUUCGGUUCCUUCAGGAAGCAGAUGCCAGAAUGGGAUUUAACAUGCGCGAGAUUUAUUGGAGGAAAUGUCUGUGGAGGGUAAAGGAGGAAGGAGCAGAAGAAGGCCGGGAGAGCCUUCGCAUCACUGCAGGUCCAGGGCUGUUCAAAGAUGCCUCUUCAUCUUAAAGCUCCCAGUCCCUUCUUUGGAGUAACAAUCUUACUUUCUCAGUUCACAGUGAUGUCACCAUUCUGCGAGAACAGAGAAGCCGAUGAUGACAGGAAAGUGGUUGCAGAGAUCAUGCAGAGGUGUUUCGUUCCAACUUUAGUAACAGCCAUCUCCUGGGAGGGAUUUCAUUUCGUUGGUCAUGAGAUUCGGAUUACUGAAGCCAUGGAUUGUUACGGUGCUGUUGUUUGGCCAUCGGCCCUUGUUCUAUGCUAUUUUCUGGAAACAAAUGUAAAGCAGUAUAACAUGGUUGACAAAAAUGUGAUUGAAAUUGGAGCUGGAACAGGGUUAGUCUCCAUCGUGGCAAGUUUACUUGGUGCACAUGUGACUGCCACAGAUUUACCUGAGUUACUUGGAAACCUGCAAUAUAAUAUUUCCCAAAACACCAAAAUGAAAUGUAAGCAUUUGCCUCAGGUUAAAGAGCUCUCCUGGGGUGUAGCUUUAGACAAGAACUUUCCCAAGGCUUCCAGCAACUUUGACUACAUCCUGGCGGCCGAUGUUGUCUAUGCUCAUCCAUUUCUGGAAGAACUCCUCAUUACUUUUGACCAUCUGUGCAAAGAAACCACCGUCAUCCUCUGGGUCAUGAAAUUCAGGUUGGAGAAGGAAGAUAAAUUUGUAGAUAGAUUUAAGGAGUUGUUUAACCUGGAGGAGAUUUCCAGUUUCCCUAGCCUGAAUAUUAAGUUGUAUAAAGCUAUGAAGAAAAAUUGGAGGAGUGCAUGAUAUCCUCAGAGGAGGACUUGGAAAGGGAAGGCAAUUUCUAGUGAUUAUUAUUGCUUUAACAAAAAACCUGGAUGAUCUGAUAUAGCUGACUUUCCCAAGGGGACACACACACACACACACACACACACACGCACGCGCACACACACACACGUGCACACGCACCUUGCCCCAGACAGGGAUUUUCCCAGAUAUAGCACACAGGUGUAUAGGAUGGCAAAGCCAUUCUGUGUGGUAAUUGGUUAGGACAAUGUCUGCUUUCCUUAUCUUUCUAUAGUACUAUUUAUAAUUAUUAUCAUCUUAAUAAAUGGUGCAAUUAUUGUUAAUGUAUAACUGUAGAAUGAUGGUUUUUAAUAAUAGUAUGUCUAAAAUGUUUUAAACAUAAGCUUAUGUGAUUCUCUCUUUAGAAAUAAUGAAAUGGACUAUAGUGGGCUCUACA